GGAGCUGUGCCGCCGCGCUGCCUCCAGGAAGCCUCACGGGCCUUCGUCGGCCUGGCCGCGGCGCCGGCUCCCAGGAUGCAGUGUGGAGUGGCCGGGCGCUGACGGUGGCGGUGCGGCUGCGGGCAGAGCGGCGGGAGGCCGGCCUGCGAGGAGCGCGGCGGGGAAGGCAGCGGCGCUGCUGGCGGAGAGGACCCGGCGGCCGGGCCUGCGUGGGGCCGCGCGCCGCGGCGUCGACUUCCUCCGCGCCGGGCAGGACAGCGCAGGGCCAUGGCCGAGGCGGCCGCGGCUCCGAUUUCUCCAUGGACAAUGGCAGCUACAAUUCAGGCCAUGGAGAGGAAGAUUGAAUCACAGGCCGCUCGACUGCUUUCUCUAGAAGGCCGAACUGGGAUGGCAGAGAAGAAGCUGGCUGACUGUGAGAAGACAGCUGUAGAGUUCAGCAACCAGCUGGAGGGCAAGUGGGCCGUGCUGGGGACCCUGCUGCAGGAGUAUGGGCUGCUGCAGCGGCGGCUGGAGAACGUGGAGAAUCUGUUGCGCAACCGGAACUUCUGGAUUUUGAGACUUCCCCCUGGCAGCAAGGGCGAGGUCCCCAAGGAGUGGGGCAAGCUGGAGGACUGGCAGAAGGAGCUCUACAAGCACGUGAUGAGGGGCAACUAUGAGACACUGGUCUCCCUGGACUAUGCCAUCUCCAAACCCGAGGUCCUCUCCCAGAUUGAACAAGGCAAGGAACCAUGCACUUGGCGUCGCGCCGGCCCCAAGGUCCCGGAAGUUCCUGUGGACCCAAGUCCAGGCUCCGGCGCUCCAGUUCCUGCCCCUGACCUCCUGAUGCAGAUCAAGCAGGAAGGGGAGCUCCAGCUGCAGGAGCAGCAGGCUCUAGGUGUGGAAGCCUGGGCAGCUGGACAGCCAGAUAUUGGGGAAGAGCCCUGGGGCCUCAGCCAGUUGGACUCUGGGGCAGGAGACAUCUCCACAGAUGCUACCUCUGGUAUCCAUUCCAACUUCUCAACCACCGUCCCGCCCACUUCCUGGCAAGCAGACCUCCCUCCCCACCACCCCUCUUCAGCAUGCUCAGAUGGAACACUGAAGCUCAACACAGCAGCAUCCACAGAAGCAGAUGUAAAAAUUGUCAUCAAAACAGAAGUCCAGGAAGAGGAGGUGGUGGCCACACCUGUGCAUCCCACCGACCUGGAGGCUCAUGGGACUUUGUUUGCACCAGGCCAAGCUGCAAGAUUCUUUCCUAGCCCUGUCCAGGAAGGAGCCUGGGAAAGUCAGGGCAGUUCUUUCCCUAGCCAGGAUACGGUGCUUGGGCUGCGGGAGCCCACUAGGCCAGAGAGGGACAUUGGUGAGCUCAGUCCUGCCAUAGCACAGGAGGAGGCCCCUCCUGGGGAUUGGCUCUUUGGUGGUGUCCGGUGGGGCUGGAAUUUCCGGUGCAAACCUCCAGUGGGCCUGAACCCAAGGACUGUGCCUGAGGGGCUCCCUUUUUCCUCUCCUGACAAUGGAGAUGCCAUCUUGGACCCCAGCCAGGCCUCAAGACCCUUCAACGAUCCCUGCAAAUAUCCCGGCCGGACAAAAGGCUUUGGUCAUAAGCCGGGACAGAAGAAGCACCCAGCAGCGCCACCCGGAGGCCGGCCCUUCACCUGUGCCACAUGCGGAAAGAGCUUCCAGCUGCAGGUGAGCCUGAGUGCUCACCAGCGCAGCUGUGGACUGCCUGACGGGGCGGGCACGGGGGCAGCUUCUACCGCUACUGGAGGUGGAGGUGGCAGUAGUGGUGGUGGCGGCGGAGGCAGCAGCGGAGGCGGGGGUAGCGCACGGGACAGCAGUGCCCUGCGAUGCGGGGAGUGUGGCCGCUGCUUCACACGCCCCGCACACCUCAUCCGCCACCGCAUGUUACACACUGGCGAGCGGCCCUUCCCUUGCACCGAGUGUGAGAAGCGUUUCACAGAGCGUUCCAAGCUUAUCGACCACUACCGAACGCACACGGGUGUGCGGCCUUUCACCUGCACAGUGUGUGGCAAGAGCUUCAUCCGCAAGGACCACCUCCGCAAGCACCAGCGCAACCACCCGGCAGUGGCCAAGGCGCCCACCCAUGGGCAGCCACUCCCACCACUGCCAGCUCCUCCCGACCCCUUCAAGAGCCCCGCAGCCAAAGGACCCAUGGCUUCCACAGACCUUGUGACUGACUGGACUUGUGGCCUAAGUGUCCUGGGACCCACUGAUGGUGGAGGGGACCUUUGAGGGCCCCCAACCCUUCUGUGGUCCCUGCAGGCCACAAAUGUACAAAGUCCCGUGUGCAGACAGCAGGGUGGCCAGAAAGCUCAGAAGCAAAAAGGGAGACUCGGCAGAGAAUCAAAUUUCCCUGUUGGAACUGAUCAUUGGAAAGAAACUAUCAGUGCAGCCUCCACCUAAAGUGAGGAGGAUUCUGACUGUGAGACUGAACACCUUAGUAGAAUCUUAAGUAAUUUAAUUACAAACCCAUUUUUGUUUUUCUCUUUAAUUCUUGAGAAAAAAAAAAAAGAUGGAAAAUAGUAGCCACACCAGUUGAAGUUCUGAGGUGUGCUUGUGGCUCUCAGGGUUGUGUGUUCACCUUGUCUUACUGGUGUUGGAAAGGCGGUCAGUGGGAAGACCAGGCAAAGGCUUCCCAGCCUUAGACCAUACAGUCCUAUGGCAGGUGAGUUCCCAUUCAGUCCAGGCAGCUGGUCUGGACCUUAGGCCCUGGGUGAUGAGGGCACUGAGGCCUAGACAGCUUCCACUCAGCAGUAAGGACUCCUUACUUUCUGAAAAGACCCUAAUGCCCAGCCCUGACUUUUCCCUUUUUGAGCCAUUGGUGGUACCUGUCCAAGAUGGUAACAUUCACUGUAGUAGUGACUCCUGGGCCUGGCUAGGAAGAGUCAUAUUGCGUUGUAGUAGUGUUAGAUCUGAACAGUGUUGAGCCCUUGAGCAUGAGAUCACAGAAAGCCAGGGCCACCCAUCUUGGGCUAUGUCUGUUAUCCAUAGAUGCUUCUCUUGGCUGCCCAUUGUGCAGUAUGUUCGUUUUCAAAAUGGUUCCACCUCACAUUGGGAAGCAGCAGAUGGGUGGUUCUUUUUAAAGAACAAAGAAAGGGCUCAGAGGGGAUACAGCCUCUAACUACAAGUACUGUGUGUUCCAGGAACUGGGAAGAGCUCCAGCUGAGUCUCAGCUCUCGUGGAACACCAGUUUAGGGAAGGAGAGGUUUUUGAGGUCUUGCCCUCUUAAAAAAUUUGUCUCACACAAAUGGAUCAGAUCAUCAAGACACAGAGAACGGCCUCGGCAGCUCAAGCUGGACGGCCCCCAGUAUGUGUGCUUCCGCAUGACUAGACACACAGGUAGUUGGAAUGCCAGGUAACUGGGUAAGUGGCUUCCUCAGGCUUGCCUGGAUUAUCUUCACAAUGGAAUUAGAGCUAGGUCCAAGUUUCUGUCAAUACAGUGCUGUCCCCACCACACAUAACCAUUCCCAUUUUGUUAAAGCAGCCACUGGUCCUCUUCCCCAAGUGGGUAAUGACUCCCUGAAGAGGGCAGAGACCAUGGUGCCCACUCAACUCCCUUCUGCGUACUUUUAUUAGAAAUAGACUAGUUAAGAAGAUUGUUUCUAUGUACUGUAUAUUUUGUACCUGUUUACACUUCUAAUAUUGAUAUAACUGAUAUUUUGAAAAACAAAUGAACAGAAAACAUCCUGUUAAAAUAAAACCUAACCAGCACCAAGGCUGUUUGAUGGAUCCAUUCUUAGAUAUUUGGCCAUUUUCCCUGCUGCUUCUAAACAGCUUCUCUAGGCGGCCAUGCCCCAAGCCCACAGCUAACACUUGGCCACUCUGGGAACAUGAGAAGGUGAUUUCAGGGCGGUUUGGCUCCCUGGAGAUAAACUGGAUUUUGGAGAGAAUCAAAACCUACCAAUCACAUUGCUACAGACUGUGAAUACAGUUUAUAUACUUUAGUUUACUCUGAGAUGGUAUUCAGGAAGAUAGGAUACUCUUGGAGAAAACUAUGGAAUAUCAAGAAAAUGGAUGUAAGCUAUUGAGUCCUCCCACCCUUCCUUGCCUGGAGAGGUGGCAGUACCUCUAGAUGCAACCUGGUCUUGCUGCUCCAGUGGCAUUUCUGCCAUACUCCCACCCAAGGGCCAAUCAGUGUUGACAUUUAACCUCACGCUUUUGGAAUUUUUCAUCUUUGUCAUAAUUUUUUUAAGGAAAAGAAAAAAAUAUUUUGGGGGCUGGAGAGAUGGCUUAGCAGUUAAGAGCACUUGUUGCUCUUACAGAGACCCAAGUUCAAUUCCCAGCUGUGAGCCUCCUGUAAUUCUAGCUGCAGUGGCUCUGACACCCCAGCCCUCAAAGACACCUGCACUCAUGAGCACACGCUCCCACACAGAUAUGCAUAAUUAAGAAUAAAGAUAUAUAUAAUUUUAUUCACUUAUUUCAUGUUAUUUUUUCCAUGAAGGACAUAAGAAUGUGACAGAGGGGGGCUGGAGAGAUGGCUCAGAGGUUAAGAGCACUGGCUGUUCCUCCAGAGGUCCUGAGUUCAAUUCCCAGCAACCACCUGGUGGCUCACAACCAUCUGUAAUGAGAUCUGGUGCCCUCUUCUGGUGUGCAGGCAUACAUGCAGGCAGAAUGUUGUAUAUAUAAUAAAUAAAUAAAUAAAUAAAUAAAUAAAUAAAUAAAUAAAUAAAUAAAUCUUAAAAAAAAAGUGUGACAGAGGGAUGGUUCUACCAGGCCCAUGAUGGAGAAUCAUGACAGUGCUAACUCUUUGCUAACUUGACCCCUUCCUUCACUUCUGGUCAUCUCUCCCAUUGGAUGUCCCCAGUACUGAAAGCCAAGGAGGCCUACCCAGUUCACUGUGCCCUUGCUCUACCCCAACCCCUCCACUCCUGCAUGCAAAACUAAUAAGCCAGAGAGCCUGGCCAUGGUUCCCUAAUAAAGGAUUUCUCCAUCCUGGGCUGAGUGCCACUUGCCAGAUGACAAAAGACAAGAUGGGAAAAGCUGCAUUUUAACCAUAUCAGUAACAUCAUGUGGUGGUGCAUUCCAUCAUCCCAGCAACUCGAAGGCAAAGGCAGGAGGGUCAUUGCAAUUCAAAGCCAACCUAGUCUACAUAGUCCCAAGUAAGUCAGGGCUUUUCAUAGUGAGGCCCUGUAAAAAAUAAAUAAAAACAUAGCUGGAAAGUAACUAUCAUUUUUUAAAAAGUUCUUUUCGUGUGUGUGUGCUUAUGGUGCGUUCAUGUGUACAUGUGUGUACAGCAGAAGUCAGAAGAGGGUAUUACAUUCCCUGGAACUGGAGUUGCAGGCCCCUGUGAGUCACUACACUGGUUCUAGAAAUCAAACCAGGUCCUGUGCAAGAGCAGCAAGUGCUUUUAAUUGCUAAGACAUUAUCUCCAACCCAACUAUGAUCUUUCUAAACACUUAACUCUCCUACAUCACUGAAAGUUUCACUGUCACAAAGGCCCUGUUCCAUGCUCCCUGGUUGGCAAAGGAGUCUCCAUUACCCGCUGGUUAAAAUCUAAAACUGAGCAUAACACUUCUAACCCGGGGGUUGGGGGAGGGGGGUUCGUUGUGCUUUCCCAUGUUCCAUUUGCAUCUCACCUGAGACAAACAAACUGAGCCACUGCUCCCCUGAACUCUAUACCACAGCAACCACAAACAAUAUCCACCUUCCCUUAUCCCCAGUCCAUCUGGUACAUUCCUACCUCCCCUUGCUCCUGGCUCAAAGAAUUGUGCUGCCUCCCCUGGUCUCUGCCAGUGGAACUGACACCAGCUCUGCCUGUGUCCCAGACUCCUGUGUAGACUCCAUCUGUCACCUUGUCCCACCCUUUUCUACCUUGUAGAUGUCUAUGAAAGUUGCCCAUU